AUGCCGUUGAACGAAACCGAAACCGGACAUAUUCCCCCUUCACCGGCCGGGUAUCAGAUGCGACCGGAGCUAAGCGAAACCUUUAAAUCGGAAAAGAUACGCGAAAUUAUCAACAACGUGCUGACGGAAACGCUAACCGGUCAAACUUAUUCGGCAGCAGAUGCAUCCCGCUGGACCAAAUCAAUGGCGGACGAAAUAAGUUUGCAGGUAAAGGAUCUGGAAAUGCAUCAUUACAAGCAUGUGGUGCAGGUGUGGAUCGGUCAGCAGCUCGGCGCGGGUUGCAAAUGUGUGGCCCGAUGCCGUUGGGAUACGGAGUGUGAUAACUAUGCGACGGCCGAAUUUAAGAACUCGACGAUGUUUUGCCUCGUGACAGUUUACGGCCUUUAUUUGUACUGA